ACUCAAAAGUAAUCCAGUUUUUAAGUGUAGCGAUAGGAAAAUUCGUAAACUGCUUAGAAAAAAAAAAAAACAAAAAAAAAUAUAUUUUUAAUCUUUUCAAUUUGAAUAUGUUCAAAAACGCUUAUCAAGAAGGGUUCCUAACAAUUUUCUAUAGCAUUGGAAGUAAACCACUUGAAAUAUGGCGUAAUCAAGUUAAAAAUGGUCACUUGAAGAGAAUAGUCGACGAAGAUAUCAAAUCAAUGGCUUUAGAAAUUAUGGGUACAAAUGUUUCAACAACAUUUAUAUCAGCUCCAAGAGAUCCCAAAAUAUCACUUGCAAUAAAACUUCCAUUUCUUGUUUUGUUAUUAAAAAAUAUGAGAAAACUAUUCACAUUUGAAGUUCAAAUAUUAGAUGAUCAAAAAUUCCUACGUCGAUUUCGAAUGUCCAAUUAUGAAAGUAAAACUCGGGUCAAGACAUUUUGCAUGUCAAUGCCUAUGGGUCUAUCGCCGGGAUGGAAUCAAAUUCAUUUGAAUUUGGCUGAUUUUACAAGAAGAGCUUAUGGAACGAAUUACAUCGAAACAGUACGCGUUCAAAUUCACGCUAACGUUAGAGUUCGCCGAAUUUAUUUCACCAAUAAGUUGCAUCCUGAAGAAGAACUUCCAAAUGAAUAUAAGAUAAUGAUGACAAAAGAUAAGAAGCCUGAUCCGAAGAAGACUCCAAUCCCAAAGGCUAGACCUCCAACUCCAGAAAUGCACUCCAAUUCAGCUCCAGCCAUCCCAGUUGGAAGUUCUGUAACAGAUGAGGCGAUACAAUAAUAAAAUUCAAUUAAUCCAGAAAUUUGGUAUUCCCGAAAUGUUGUUCAACGUAUUUUUUCGCAAUUAGGAGCUCUUAAAGGGUUCUGGAAUGUAAAAUUAUUGACACAAUGAAGUCAUUAACAAUAAGCUUAGGUUAAUAAUUUAUAAUAAUGUGUCCGCAUAAAAGAGACAUUCGGAAUGUUAAUGACUUAUUUUUACGAGCUUCCAUAUGCUACCCCAUUCAUUUAUGUACAAAUUUCAAGAGGUAAG